CCAAACCAGACCAUCUUUCAAUUCCCAAACUUCAUUUUCUUUAUCUUUUUCGAGAAUGGGAAGUUUGCCUCAUUUGCUUCUAAUUCUCCCUUUGCUUUUCUCUCUCUUUGCUCUCUCUGUUUCUUCCGCUCCUCCUCGCCACCGCCUCCUCGAUGGUCUUCUCCCUAAUGGCGACUUUGAAACUCCGCCAAGCAAAUCAAACCUAAACAAAACAGUGAUCAUAGGCAAAAACUCCCUCCCAAAAUGGGAAAUCAAUGGCCUCGUUGAAUACGUGGCAGGUGGGCCCCAGCCAGGUGGAUUCUACCUACCCAUUCCUCGUGGGGCCCACGCGGUGAGGUUAGGGAACGAAGCCUCAAUCUCACAGAAGGUGAGGUUAAGAUGGCGUUCCGUCUAUACGCUGACGUUUGGGGCCACAAGGACUUGUGCACAAGAUGAAAUGCUAAGAAUUGAAGUUGGGAGUCAGUCAGCUAACCUUUCCAUUCAGACUCUGUAUAGCAAUGGAGGUGAUACCUAUGCCUUCACUUUUAGGGCAAAUAGGAAUGUUGUGAACGUCACGUUCCAUAACCCGGGCAUUCAAGAGGACCCCACUUGUGGACCGCUAUUGGAUAUGAUCUUCAUCAAGGAGAUGCCACCUGUACGUCCCAUUCCAGGUAACCUUUUGUUGAAUGGAAACUUUGAAGUUGGUCCUCAUGUGAUAAAGAGUUUCAACAAUGGGAUCCUCCUUCCUCCAAUGCAAGUUGAUCACAUUUCUCCACUACCAGGCUGGAUAAUUGAGUCUCUCAAGCCUGUAAAAUACAUUGACAGAGGCCAUUUCUUUGUCCCUUCAGGGAAUGCAGCCAUUGAAUUGGUUGCAGGAAGAGAAAGUGCCAUAGCCCAAAUAAUCCAAACAGUUCCCACAAAGUAUUAUAAUCUCACCUUCACCGUUGGAGAUGCCAGAAAUGGCUGCCAUGGCUCCAUGGAUGUCCAAGCUUUUGCUGCCCGACAAACCAUCAAAGUUCCUUUCAUUUCUAGAGGGCUUGGAAGGUCCAAAACUGCAAGUUUGAAAUUCCAAGCAGUUUCUGUUAGCACAAGAAUCACAUUUUACAGUGCUUAUUACCACACCAAGCUUCAUGACUACGGCCAUUUGUGUGGCCCUGUGUUGGACAAUGUUAUAGUCGUUCCAGCUUAGAUCUUAGGCUGCCAAAUAAUAGUCAUAUCAAAGUGUUACUUUGGAAGUUGGUUUCUUCAAAAAAAAAAAAAAAAAGUGUUUUCUAUUGUUCAGAUCCAAUAUUAGUGAAAAGCGUGUAAUGGGUCGACUUGUUUCAAUACAGAACUGAAAAUUUGUUCU